GGAAUAGAAGCUACUCAAGAAGAAUGGUUUUGCUUACUUUCCUGUUCCUCUCUGUUAUUCUUGUUUCUGAAGCAUGUCCGAUGGGGUUCUAUGGCUGGAGUUGCAACAAGAAGUGUGGUUUCUGUGGUGGAAAUGGCUCUUGUAACAAAUAUACUGGAUUCUGUCAAAACGAUUGUUUGCCAAAAUACCACGGUUUGCAAUGUCAAGAUUCCUGUUCUCCUAACUGUGGUGGAUCCGGAAAGUGUAACAGGUAUACUGGGUUUUGUGAUGAAUGUAAGACAGGAUACGCCGGAAUUUUUUGCGGAAACAGGAGAUGGAAGUUUUGAUAAAUAUUCUCCUAUUUGUCGUCAUGGAUGCAAACCUGGAUACUCGGGAAUUUCCGGUUAUUGGAAAAACUAAAUUGAAAUCAUAAACUUAAACAGUAUUUGCACGACAAUAUUAUAACAUCACUCUAAUGCUGCUUCCUGAAACAAUAAAAUAUUUCACAAUAUGUCUGACAAA